AAAACUAUGGAGAGGGGAGAGAGAAAUAGGUGGUCGAAGAUCUGCAUGUUGGUAGUGCUUCAACUGUUGGGCUCCGUUCGCAAUCUCUCGGCUCUUUCGAUUACAGUGAACGACGUCGAAUGUGUGUACGAGUACGUGCUAUAUGAAGGCGACACCAUUUCCGGGAACUUCGUCGUCGUCGAUCACGACGUGUUCUGGAGCUCCGAUCACCCCGGCAUUGAUUUCACCGUGACAUCUCCACAAGGUAAUAAGGUGCACACAUUGAAGGGAACAUCUGGAGACAAAUUCGAAUUCAAGGCCCCAAGAAGUGGAAUGUACAAAUUCUGUUUUCAUAAUCCUUUCUCAACACCAGAGACUGUCUCUUUCUACAUACAUGUUGGCCAUAUACCCAAUGAGCAUAACCUUGCCAAAGAUGAACAUUUGGACCCUAUUAAUGUUAAAAUUGCUGAGCUGAGGGAGGCACUGGAAUCUGUUACAGCAGAGCAGAAGUACUUGAAAGCACGUGAUGCUCGUCAUCGUUAUACAAAUGAGAGCACACGGAAGCGUGUCAUAUGUUACACAAUCGGAGAGUACGUUUUGCUGGCUCUUGCAAGCGGACUGCAAGUCGUGUAUAUACGCCGCCUGUUUAGCAAGAGUGUUGGAUACAACCGGGUUUAAGCGAUCAUGUUGAAGCUACUUACCUGGUCUUACCAUCUCUUUAUAACAAAUGGGCAGUAGUGUUUGAACCGUCUAAAAGACGAGUUUAGAGGAACACAUUUUGUGCUUAAACAAAUCAGUAUUCUGGUUCGUAUUAGAAUAUUUUUUAAAUCAUAAGA